UUCUGAAAAAAUGAGGAUGUUAAUAAGUGUCUAAAAGAGAGGAUAUUGAUUGCAUCAACCGAGUUCCACUGAAUUGAGACACUAUCCAUGAAACACUAUCCGUGAAAGAUGUAAAGCGAAAAUACAGAUGGGGUUGUGGAAAUCUCUUCAUUUCAAAGAUAAACCCGACUUUUUGGUGAUGUUGAUUUGCUGUGUCUUCAUUACAAAGAAUAGAUUCUAAAUUCUCAUCAUUAGAAUGAGGAAUUUUUCUUUACCUAAAGGACACACCCACUUUAAUGAUGUUGUUCCUUAACUUAGUAGCAUUAUUAAGUGCAUUCAAGAUGCAACACUCUCUUUGUCCCAAUGAUUUUUUUUUCUCUUUAACAGCUUUUUUUCCUAUCCUCCACAUAUCACCACAGACAUGGAUAAACACACUGUUACAUCUGAUGUAAUGCAUCAAUAAGAUAUGAAUGAGUUCAGUUCUGAAAGGCCGAGGUCCUCGAACAUAUACACAAGUGCAGAACCUAGUCCAUCUCAAACACAGGUGAACCAGGAAGGUCCAUGGAAGAACUUUGGGACAUCAACAAACGCCAUUUCCUUCGGGUUUGUAGCAACAGCCAUCUUGAUCUCCAUGUUUCUCAUCAUGGCCAUAUUCGAGCAUCUAUUCAAGCCAGGCACUUCGUUCUCCUCGCCCGAAGAUCACAUAGACAGCAACCUGGAAUCAGGAAGAAGGCAGAAGCUUAGAAGCUCACAAACUAUACCAACUUCAUAUUCGUCGGAUUUCACAGUCUUGAUGCCAGGACAACAAUAUCCAACCUUCAUUGCCCAGCCUGCUCCUCUCCCUUGUCAAAGGGAAAGAGUUUACUGGCCCUCACAUGAACAUAGCUUUUCAUACACAUAAUGCUAAACUUACAAGUGAUGAUGGUAUGUGUACCCCAGAAUAGUGAAAUUCUUCUUCAAUUUUCUACAUCUACCAUUCCAGAAUUCAUAUCUUUAUCCCACUGUGUAUGAGGGAGAGAGAAACAGGGAAAGAGAAAAAAAAAAUUGUAUUUGCAAGACAACAAUAGUCAACCAUGGUGUUCAGAUUACCAGGUUGUUCAGAUGAUUUUUUAUGUAGUUAUGCAUGGAUUCCAUGUUUUGAGAAA